AUGCAUACGCUCGGUACGGCCAUCAUCAUCUUCACGCUCUUCCUGGCCUCGUUCGUUAGCACGUUCGGCAGCUCCAUCGUGGUUGGAGAUGAAACGACAAUCGCAGCCCACUUCAGGGUCUCGUCAGACUCUACAUCGUCCCUAGUGGCGACAUACCUCUUCGGCUGCGCACUUGCGCCCCUCGUCUUCAGUCCUCUCAGCGAGAGACAUGGCCGUCGGUUCGCCAUAUGGGGUGGAACUGGCAUCAUGGCCAUCUUCAACAUGGCCUCGGCAGCAGCGCCCAAUUGGGCAGCUCUAUUGGCAUUCCGCUUCUUCGCCGGCUUUGGGUCCAGUGCUGCCAUGGUAGUGCCCAGCGGAAUCAUCGCGGACAUCCUUCCCAAUGUCCACUUGAGGGGGCUUGCGAGCAGCUGGAUGAUGGUCAAUACGACUCUAGGAUCGGUGUUUGGGUCGAUCGUAUCCACAGCCGUUCAUGCACGCUGGCCCGGGCUAUGGAAUGUGGCCUACUGGAUCAACGGCGGGGCGAGCGUGCUCGCUUUCGCUCUGCUCCUGGCCCUGCCCGAGACGCGGAAGAAGACGAUUGGCGAGAAACACGAGUCGCCAAUCAAGCUGAGCCGCGUCGAACAGCUGAUACUUCCCAUCCGGAUGCUCUUGUUGGAACCCAUGGUCACAUUUUGUUGUCUGUUCCUCAGCACCAUCUAUGGCAUAUACUAUCUCCUUUUCCAGUUGCUUCCGCCAGCCUUCACGACCGUAUACGGCUGGGAGGGCAAGACUAAUGAUGUCACAUUUGUGCCCCUGGCCGUUGGAACGGUUCUGGCUGGUAUCGUUUUCACGGCCUCGAGCCCCGCCCUGUGCAGAUGGGCGGAAGGUGAAGGACGAGCCAGAUGGGCUCCAGAGAAUCGUCGACUCCCUUUGGCCUGUAUUGGAGCAGGCUUCAUCAUCCUCGCAUUGUUUGUUCUUGGGUACGCAGUCCGUGAGGGGACUUCGUCUUCCCUCGCCUUGGUAGCAGAAGGGGCGUUCGGCCUAGGCUUUCUCCUCGUCUUCAUGUCCUUGACCAACUAUCUUGUUGAUGCGUACAAGGUUCGUUCACCGGCCUCAAAGUCCUCCUGA